ACUCAUUUCGAACAAAUGAAAGCACGAAAGGCGUUUCCAUGUUUUGAUGAGCCUGCAAUGAAGGCAAAGUUUACGCUACACAUCUCACGUGACCCAACCCACCAAUCACUAUCGAAUAUGCCGAUUGACCGCGAGGAUCGAAAAAGGUUUGACAUGAUCGUGGAUCACUAUGUGACCACGCCACCCAUAAGUACUUAUCUGGUGGCAUUUAUGGUCAUGGAUUUCAAGCAUGUUGAAAAAACGAGUCAAUCUGGAGUGAAGAUCCGUGUAUACGCACCACCAGCAGAUAAAGAAAAACUCAAUCGUGCCUUAAACAUUUCAUCUCAAACGUUGACAUUUUACGAAAAGUUUUUGGAAUGAAGUUUCCUUCGAAGAAACUGGAUAUCGUGGCUAUGCCAGAUAUGAAAGAGACGGCCAUGGAGAACUGGGGUCUAAUCACUAUUCGUCGUGAGUUUGUAGUAGACGAAGAAAAUUUAAUGACGACAUUUAGCAAGGAAAUGACGGCUGGUGAGAUAGCUCGUGCGCUUGCACAUACAUGGUUUGGCAAUCUCGUCACUAUGAAAUGGUGGAACGAAGUGUGGUUGAAAGAUGGCUUCUCGACAUUUGUCACAAAUUUAGCACGCUACAAUAUGGACAAAAAAACUGAUUGGUUGGCAUUAUCGACAGUAUUAUAUUGGCAGUCAGCUCUCGAUAAUGACCGAAGCCUUUACACUGUACCUUUAUUAAACACAAAAACAACCUCGAAAGAUACAAUCAACUCAGGCGUUGUUUACUCCAAGGGUGCUAUGAUAGCAAAAAUGGUUAUGAAUACAUUGGGGCCUUCCGCCUUUCUUAAAGGUUUGAAGCUCUACAUCAGGAAUAAUAUGUAUGGUAAUGCAGAUGCAACAGAUUUAUGGCAAUCGUUGAGUAAGUUUGGUAAGCGUCUUGAUUUGAAGCAAAAGAUGAAGUCAUGGACGGAUUUGAAAAGUUUUCCAAUCGUGACAUUGACCCGUUUGAAAGGACCCGAGAAGGAUCUCAUUCUUGCCAAACAAGAGAACUUCUUGGAACACAGAUUUUUCGACGUGAAAGCCAACACCAGAGCAGUGGUGAAGAAGCCGAAAAACAACUCAUCGUUUGAUUUUCAAGAAAGUGAAAAAAUCACUGGAAGCUUAUGGCAUAUACCGCUGACCUACACAGUGCAGUCGACAGCUUUCAAAGAAUACACAGUGGUUGGAUAAAAAUGGGGUAAGAAGUAUGAUAAGGUUGGUGUGCGAUUUAACCAUUGAACUGAAUAUAACUGGACGGCUAGCUCACGCGAAAUGAAUUUGAACACAGCAACUUCAACUAGUUCUUGUCAUAACGCACAGCGCAAAGAAAUUUUUGAAGAAACUUAGCGUCCUAGAUCCCGUUGGUUGGAUAAAAGCGAACGUUCGAGCUAAUGGAUAUUACAUUGUGAACUACGACAAAAACAAUUGGAUAAAACUUAUCAAACAACUAAAAAAUUACCACGUGGUAUUUUCUCCGUCUGAUAGAGCUGGUCUUAUUCACGAUGCGUUUGUAUUGGCAUGCGAAGGGAUAAUAGACGCAACCAUUCCUCUCAAACUCAU